CGCUCCGUCGAGCUGAAAGAUUCGAUACAACUCUAAUCUGGACGCGUGCUGUUCCUUAUACAUAAAAAUUGUGCAAAAAGUGCCGAAACAAAUUAAUAAAAAGAUUAGUAACAAAUUCUAAACAUCCAAAAAGAGAAUUGCCGCCCUCGAAAACAAAAACCAUGUCGAACGCAGACGUGCAGUAUAAUCAAGGAUUUGCCCAGAAUCAGGACAACAAUGAGGACAACUAUAACGAUGACAAUGAUCAGCAGCAAGAGGAUGAUGACCAAUACGAUAAUGAUCAGAACGAUGCUGACGAUGAUUCCAACGUAAAAAUCGGCAACGUUGGCGAGAGUCCCAAAUUUAUACGACUACGCGGUCUGCCGUGGUCGGCAACACACAAGGAGAUUCUUGACUUUUUGGUCAAUGUAGAAGUUCUCAAUGGCUCGCAGGGAAUACAUCUGGUCACCAGCCGUGUGGAUGGCAAGAAUACCGGUGAGGCGUACGUCGAAGUUGCCAGCCAGGAUGAUGUCGAGGAGGCACGGAAGCUUAACAAGGCCAGCAUGGGUCAUCGCUAUAUUGAGGUCUUUGUUGCCACGCCCAAGGAGGCUAAGGAGGCAAUGCGCAAGACGGGCGGCCAUGGCCACGCCUUCGUUGUCAAGCUACGUGGCCUGCCUUAUGCUGUCACAGAGCAGCAGAUCGAGGAGUUCUUUACCGGGUUGGAAAUCAAAACGGAUCGGGAGGGCAUACUUUUUGUUAUGGACAGAAGGGGUCGUGCAACUGGGGAAGCUUUCGUUCAGUUCGAAAGCCAAGAUGACACUGAGCAAGCCUUGGGCCGAAAUCGGGAAAAAAUUGGGCACAGGUAUAUUGAAAUCUUCCGCAGCUCCAUUGCUGAGAUGAAGCGUGCCACGGGCGGCGGCGGCGGUGGUGGUGGCGGUGGUCGCCCUGGACCCUAUGAUAUACGCGAUCGCGGCGCCAAUCGUGGCGGCAACGAUUUCGGUGGACGAAAUGACUGGGGCAACAACAGCAACUUUGGCGUGGGCGCCAAUAAUAUGUUGGGCUUUAACAAUUUGCCCAGUUUAAUGAACUCGGGUAAUUUUGGCAAUAACUCCGGCGGCGUCGGCGGCGGUGGUGGUGGUGGCGGCGGCGGCAACAAUGGCAAUUUUGGUCAGAACACUGGGAAUUUUGGCAAUUUUGGCAACGAUUUUGGCGAUUUUAAUAAUUUUGGAAAUAAUCGCAGCAACAACAAUGGUAACAACUUUGACAUGCCUGGAAAUUUCGGCAACAACGGCGGCGGUGGCGGCGGAGGCUUUGGUAAUUUUGGUAACAACUCUGUUGGCGGAGGAGGCAAUGGCUUCAAUAAUGGCGGCGGUGUCGGAGGCUUCAACAACGGAGGAAAUGGCGGUGGUUUCAAUAACAGCAGCAACUCUGGCGGUGGCUUCAACAAUGGCGGUGGCGGCGGAGGUUUUGGUAACUUUGGCAACAAUUCCGGCGGCGGUGGAGGAGGCUUUAACAAUGGUGGCGGCUUCAACAAUGGCGGCGGUGGCUUCAACAAUGGUGGCGGCGGCUUCAACAAUGGUGGCGGCGGCUUCAACAAUGGCGGUGGCGGCUUUAACAAUGGAGGCGGCAAUUUUGGAUCGGUUGGAGGCAAUUUUGGUCCCAUUGGGGGCGGUCGCAACAAUGAUGUAGAGUAUUACACCAUCCACAUGCGCGGUCUUCCCUACAAUUCGUUUGAAAAUGAUGUGUUCAAGUUCUUUGAUCCCAUACGCCCAGCUAACGUGCGCAUUAACUACAAUAAGAAAGGCCUGCACAGCGGCACCGCGGACGCCUAUUUUGACACGUACGACGAUUCGCAACUGGCUAUGAAGCGGCACCGCGAGCAAAUGGGCUCCCGCUACAUUGAGCUCUUCUAUGAUGGCAAAACACGCGGCGGCGUUAAUGUCGGUGGCGGCGGCGGCGGCGUCGGCCCCGGUGGUGGUCCUGGCAACAUUGGUGGCGGCGGUGGUAGUGGCUUCUCACGUCGCAUUUAAACGCUUACCUUUACAUUAAUUCCUUACUUUUACAAACGCUAAUGUAAACGCAAGUAUUUUAUAAGAUUGUGGACCACCACCGCAACCGUCGAGCGCACCUUAUAAGCAAACACGAAGGACAUAACAUGUCGCUAGUACAUAGAAUUGCAACGUUUCGAUUGCAUAUGAAACACAUACACAUCUUUUAUAUAAUUUAAGCAAAAAUGUAUCUAUACGAACCAAAUGGUUUAUACUUAGUUUUGGUCGCAAAUGUAAAGAGAUGGUGGCCUCCCUUCCAUAGGAAUGAAAUAAUAACAGGACAAAUGGAUAAAGAUUUGGACAAAAAAGAAAUGUCAAUUUUUUGUAAUUUCUGAAUCAAUCCUGACAUGACAACAAGAAAUUAUAAACAUUUAAAAGCAAUAAAAUUUAUAAACCAAUA